GGGGGCCCCCCCUGGGUGGGGCACCUCGUGUCCUCGGGGGGGACCUGGCCCCGGCAGGGCUUCAUGAACACUCCAGCCAGCCGGUGGCCGCCUUUCCCCAAGGUGGAUCCCGGGGCGGAGAGGCCAGGAGGGACAACCGUCAGGCUAGGCCGGCCCUGCCCGGAAGCUCUUGUGCAGUCGGCGGAGUGGCCGCGCCCCCGGGUGCGCUGAGCUGAGCGGGAGACGUCCCGCCGCAGAGCACGGGCGGACCGUGAGGUCUGAGCGAGGCUGUGCUCACGCUCUCCCCUGGAGAGCCCCAUCGGGGCCAGGGCCACGGAGCGCGGACGCCUUCUGGUGUGGAUUAAACUCGCAGAGGAGUGCCGUGGCCUCGGGGCGCCCCCACGUCGCGGUGCCCUCCUGCCCCCAGGCUGCUUUGAAACAAGGUCUCAGGUGCUGCACACGCCCUGGAGCCCGUGCUGCCGUCCCCGUCCUGGUGCUGGGGGGCGCUUCACGGUGCCCGGGUCGGGAGCUGGGUCCAGCACCAGUGCGCUCGGGUGCUCGGCCGCAGGGCUGGCUGGCUGUCAGAGCGAGGGGCCCGGUGGGGGGUGUACUGCCAGACCGGCCACACCACCAAGCGUCCUGAGCGGGUCGCGCUCCGGUUUCCGUCCACAUCCUGCGGGAAUGGGGAUUCCUCUCCCGACACGGUGGCCUCGAUUACGUGUCGCGGCAACUUUCCAAAGCUUGUCUGGUUUGCCAUCGGGUCAAAGCCAGGUUCGGAGAGAACUCCCAUCCUCUGAGUAGGUGGCCUUCCGGGACACAAAGCCAGAACCCGGGACAGCUUGGGGGCCAGCCUGUCCCGAUGUGCGCUGUGCCCCUGGGCUGCCGGACCCCGCAACCGGCCGGCAGUGACAGCCACUGUAAAGCCGGGAGCCCCCAGGGGAGCCCACCACCCAGCCGUGUGCGCUCCCCUCCUUGCCCCGCCACCCCGACCCGGCUCGAGCCGGAGCCCUGGGUCCGCUCCACCCCAGCCUGGUCGAAACUGACAGUUUGGAACUUGCCGCCUGGGCUCAUGGCUCCUCUUGGCUAGACUUAGCAGGUGCCUGUCCGGGGAAGGGUAAGAGCCGCACCCCAAGCCAACUCUCCCCCGCCCAGUCUGGUGGAAAGAACAUUCUGGGCCGGGCGUCUGGGAAAAGGAAGGCCUCUGUUAUGUAAUGGGUCCUCGGGCAUCCUUGCCUCCAGGGAACACGAUGGCUGAGAUCCUGGCUCGUGUGGUUAACGUGUAAAACAGUGGGGAUAAUGAAGGGUCGUCCCUCCACUUCCGUGUCUGUCCCCUAGGCCGCCCCCCGUGUCCAGGUACGGUCUUCACAGCUAGGGGGGCCCCGCCACGUGACACGUGCUGACCUAUCCCCUCCGACGCCUGCUUGCCUUUCCUCCCACCCGAGGGCCUUUGCACAUGCUGCUUCCCGUUCUUGGAACUCUGACCUCACUCACCGCUCACGCUUCCUCUGGCCACUCAGACCAGGCCUGCCCCGUCCCCUCAGCCACCCCUGCAGCACCCCGGUGGGCCCUCCCACCUUCCUCCCCCAGCCAGCCUGCCCCUGCGCCAAGCCCCCCUGCCCUCUCUCCUCCUCUCUCUCAAGUGGAUGAAAGCAAGACGGAAGGGUUUUAUUUUCUAAUUUAUAUUUUCGUCACUGAAACGUGAAACACCAUCUCCAACGUCAUGAGGGAAAACGGGCUAACGUGGCAGGUCGGUCUGGUGAAAAUGCAGUUUCUGUGGGUUUCCCGCUGGUCGUUCAGAGCAGCCCCCCCUGCAGUCAUUACGUCUCGGCUGGACAUGCCCUCCUGCACCCUCCCCUGUACCCAGUUCCCCCGGACCUCCGCCUCCUCCUGCUCCCGCCCCUCCCCUGCUCUCCCUACACCCAGCCUCCCCCCAGUGACCGUUGCCACCAGCCCACAGGCGGCCUCGCUCAGCAGGAGGGGCUCAGCCUGUGGUGCUCAGGGGUUUCAGAGCUGAAGGAGGCCUGUGUUCCAAGGGGCAUGGUUUGAGGGCGGGGCCUUGUGGGACACCGCCUCCGGGAUGCCCUCCGACUUCCUCUGGUGGUGCCUUUCCAGUCUUGCCCAACCCAGGACUUCUGUGCUUGCCUCAGCCACCCGCAGGAAUGAGGUGCCACCUGGGCCCCCGCCCUGCAUCCUUGCAACCUUGAUGUCAGGCUGGCCAGGACCCCCGGCCCCCCCGGGCCCUUCCCCUGCCCCUGGUCCCCUUGAGCAGCGUCUACCCCCGGAACUGGCUGUCAGGACCACGGGGAACAGUGCUGGGUGGCCCUGGUGUCACAAAGCGGGGGGAACGCACAGCCUGGCCCCCGGUUCCUCCACUGGACGCGGCGCCCACCCGGUGGGCCGUUUGGAAAAGACACACAAGAUGCUGACACGCAUCUCGCGGGGGGCUGGUGUGGGCAGGGGGCAAGGCUGGGGCCUCGCGGGUGUGGACCCCCUGGCAGCCACGGCAUAUUCUUCAGUUCAUAAAGAAGACCCGUGUGCAUGUGUGGCCAGACCCCCCUGGCCAAAGGGCAGCGAGAGCCCCUCACACGUCGCACCUCCCCCCCCCAGCCUCCAGGCCGGGGUCAAUCUGCCAGCGCCCCGCGACUGGGGCGCCGUCCCCCCACUCUCCUCCCUGGGGACCCGGGCUCAGCCCCUUCCCCCCAUUCUGCGGCACUUACGGGACGCCGAGGCGCCAGGGGCAGCUCUGUGCCGGGGCCGUGGCGGGUGCGCCACCCCACUGUCCCUGCCCUCAAGGGAGGAGACCCCCGAGCACCCCUGCAGGUGCAGGGGGCAGCCGUCGGCUCGGCCCGGGGAGGCUCUUCCUGGAGAGCUGGCCUGGGCUGACACACAGAGCACAGCAGCCAGCAUCCGCCCUGCAGAGGCGGUCACGGGCUCAGCGGUGUCCCCCCCAAAAUACGUCCACGUCCUGGCCCCGGUGCCUUUGGAGAACGUGCCCUUAUCCAGGAAAAGGGUCCUGGCAGAUGCAGCUAUGGUAAAGGCCUUGAGAUGGGAUCAUUCUGACUGAGGUGAGUGUCCUCACGCAGAAGGCGAGAUGGGGGCACAGGGGAGGGGCCGUGACGUGGCCGCAAGCCAAGGGACCCUGGGAAUCAGCAGCAGCCAGGAGAAGCGAGAAGAGGUGGGACGGGUCCUCCCUCGGAGACCCCAGAUGCCACUUACCCUGCCGACAAUAUGAUUUCAGACCCCGGCCUCCAAACUGUGGGAACAAAUAUCUGCUACCUUAAGCCCUCAGUGUGUGGUACUUUGUCGAAGCCGCUCUAGCAAACUAAUGCAGGUGGUGAUCUCCCCAUUGCAGGAGGUAUGCAAGCAGAGGGCUGGGGCGCUGGAGGGAGGACCAGCCCUGGGGACUCAAUGCAUCUAUCCCUCCAUCGGAAGCAGCGUUUCCUCCAGGCCAGCGAGGGACAAGGGUCUCCCUUAACCCUGUCCUGCUCCGCGGGACACAGGCCCAGCAAGCCCACUGACAGGGUAACAAAGGCACCCGGCGCUGUCACCCCACAGCCCCACGGCCCAGCUCCUGGAGUGCCUUCUGGAAUGUCUCCCACCUGUGCAGGAGGGGGCGGGCACCGAUGCCCCUCCUGGAACGUUGGCUACAAACAGGACCGACCUCGCGUCCACAACCUGGGGGACCGGCCCCCGAGGAGCUCCGUGCGGCACUGUGAGUGACGGAGGCCACCCCGGCUGCCCGGCCCACGGCUCCCCGUGGCCAAAACAUCCCGGCCCGUCCAUCGGCAGUGGCCAGCCUGGGGCAGGGUCCCUCCGGGCGGGGGAGGGAGAGGAGGAGGGGGGUGGGCACGGGCCCGCCCUGGGCGGGGAGGAGACAGGGGCACCCACCGGGAGGGGAGGAGGAAGCUCAGCGGGCACUUCCCCGGGAGGAAGCGGCCCGGAUUUCCCCCAGGUGUGGCUGGAGGUAUAAAGGGCGCCGGGAGCCGGGAGGCUCCAGGACCGCAGCCGGUGCACCUGCCUCUUGCAGCCCAGCGCCGCCGCCGCCACCAUGCUCCUCCCUGGCCUCUUGCUUCUGUUCUGGACGCCUGCCAGCCUGGCCCGCCACGGCCCCCAGCUCUGGGGGGGCCCCCACCCCCACGGGACCCCACGCUGCUACUCGGCCGAGGAGCUGCCUCUGGGCCAGCCCCCGCCGCAUCUGCUGGCUCGAGCCGCCAAGUGGGAGCAGGCUUUGCCCGUGGCCCUGGUGUCCAGCCUGGAGGCGGGGGGCCGCAGGAGGCGGCACGACGGCCCCCCCGCUGGGACCCAGUGCCCGGUGCUGCGUCCUGAGGACGUGCUGGAAGCCGGCAUCCACCAGCGUUCCAUCUCCCCCUGGAGAUACCGCGUGGACACGGACGAGAGCCGCUACCCGCAGAAGCUGGCCUUCGCCCAGUGCCUGUGCAGGGGCUGCGUCAGCGCCAGGACGGGCCGCGAGACGGCGGCGCUCAACUCGGUGCCGCUGCUGCAGAGCCUGUUGGUGCUGCGCCGCCAGCCCUGCUCGCGGGAGGCCACGGGGCUGCCCACGCCCGGGGCCUUCUCCUUCCACGCGGAGUUCAUCCGCGUGCCCAUCGGCUGCACCUGUGUCCUGCCCAGGUCGGCUCGGUGAGCCCCGGCCUCGGCCGGCGUCGCCUGCGCCCCCCCCACCCCGCGCUGGACAGUCGGGGGGCUCUCCCGGCAGGGCCCCCCUAUUUAUGGGUAUUUAUUGCUUAUUUAUUUGCCCCACGGUGUCCCCGGGCAGGUACCGAGGCUCCGGGCCUCGGGGCUGAGGAACGACGGCAGAUGCCACGCCCCGAACGGUUGUGUCCCCCGUGCCUGGAGGGUGACUCUGCUGCUCGGGCCCAUCUCGAGACUCGGUUUACCCUUUCUGCAAAAACACUUGGGCUGGAAGGACUCUUUGUCUUCUUCUAGAACUUUCUUAAACAACACGAACGGUGUUCUGA